AUGAAAAGCUCCCUUAACCUCCUCUCCCUACUCCCUCUAGCCUUUGCAGCAAAGCUCGCAACCGUUCAUCAAUUCCCCAACGGCACCUGGAUCGAGAACAUCGCGUCCACGCGGAACUCCUCUCUCCUCGUCACCGUCAUCGGCCGCGCAGAAACCAAUCUCUCUCCCAACCACUUCGCCAUUGCCGUCGGCAACCUAACAGCCUCCAACACCCCCGUCGCCAACACCAGCCAAAUCUGGACCAUCGAUGCCUCGCGCACACCUCCGCAGAUUGAGCUCGCACGAGACAUUCCUACUGCUUCCAUGAUCAACGGUAUCACGAGUCUGGAUUCGCAUACACUCCUGAUGGCGGAUAGCUGGCGCGGCAACAUCCUCGCACUCGAUCUGCGCACGAACAAAUACGCCGUCGCGCUCGAGGACGAGAGUCUGAAGGCGAAUUUCUCCCAUCCUACGCUGCCCCUAGGCGUCAACGGGAUCCGGUACCACGCACCAACUAAGUAUCUGUACUACACCAACACGGUGCAAAAUUUGCUCGGGCGAGUGGCUAUCGAUCCGCACACUGCCAUGUCUAGGGGCAGAUUCGAAGUCAUUGCGCAAGGCGAGAUGAUUGCGCAACCGGAUGAUUUUGUGGUGCGGAGGGAUGGGAGUGUAGUUCUUGCGAGGCCGCUGGCGGAUCAGGUGGUGUGUGUGAGGGGAGGUGGGAGGGUGGAGGUGCUGGCGGAGGGAGGGUUGGCGAGUGGGGGUACGUCUGUUGUAAGCGGGGGAAGUGAGGGUGAGUUGUUUGUUGGUGAGAGUGGAUUGAAGGGGGGUGUGGUGGCUAGUGGGGGGAGGGUGGUAAGGGUGGAGCUUUAA